AUGAAUUCAACAAUUGUAAACGAAAACCAAAAUCAUUUAAAUUUUGCAGAGGAAUGUUGGAAGGGAUGGUUUGAUUAUUUUGAGGAUGAAUUAUUCGCAACAGCUUUAAUUUCAUUUAUAAUGCAUGAGGUUGUAUAUUUUGGUCGGUGUGCACCUUAUUGGAUAGCAGAUUUUAUUCCAUUUUUUCAUAAAUAUAAAUUACAACCUAAUAAAAUCAAUACAGUUUCAGAACAUUGGCAAUGUUUGAAGAGUGUUUUGAUAGUGCAUAUUUUUUUUGAUUUACCUUUGAUUUUUUCAUUUCAUCCAAUUGCAACAUUUUUUGGAUUGGAUGUAUCAGUUGUACCUUUUCCUCAUUGGCAAAAAAUGGCAUAUCAAGUUGCUAUUUUUUUUGUAUUUGAGGACUCUUUUCACUAUUGGUUCCAUCGUCUUUUACAUUAUGGUUCAUUUUACAAAUAUAUUCAUAAACAACAUCAUGAAUAUUCUGCACCUUUUGGCUUAGUAACAGAAUAUGCGCAUCCUGUAGAGGUAAUGAUUUUAGGUACUGGUACAAUUGGUGGACCACUUAUAUGGGUAUCAAUAACUCAUGACCUUCACCUAGUCACUGUGUUCAUCUGGAUCACCUUACGGUUAUUACAAGCAAUAGAUGCACAUUCUGGAUAUGAUUUUCCAUGGUCACUUCGAAAUUUCCUUCCUUUCUGGGCAGGUUCAGAACACCAUGAUUAUCAUCAUAUGGCAUUUGUCAAUUGCUUCUCAACAUCAUUCAGAUGGUGGGAUUAUUUAAUGGGAACUGAUCUAAAAUAUAGGGCUUAUAAAAAGAAACGGGUAGAAGAAGAAAUGAAAGAUAAGGUUGUUGCAUCUUCCUUCACCGCCACUUCUUCAAACAAACAAAAAACUAAUUGA